AUGCUGGCCUCCAGGCCCCGCUGCGGAGCCUCCCGGAAGCCUCUCACCCUGCUACUCGCGGGAUUGGUCCUGCUGUGGCUGUGCUGGGCCCACCUGUCGGCCGUGACGAGCGUUGCGUACGCAUACGGGUGGUGGGCCCUGGGGCCGGCCAUCCCCGUCAUGUCCAUGGAGGCCCCCAAGAACGCCACCCUGGUGCCCAAGAUCAUUCACCAGACCUGGAAGGACAAGGACAUCCCCGAGAAGUGGCGGGCGGCCCAGAAGUCCUGUAUCGACCUGCACCCCGACUUUGAAUAUCGGUUAUGGACGGACGAGGAGUCCCUCCGCUUCAUCGAGCUCGAGUUCCCUUGGUUCCUGCCCACCUACCUGGCCUACCCGUACGUCAUUCAGCGUGUGGACGCCAUCCGAUACUUCAUCCUGUACCACCACGGCGGCGUCUACAUCGACCUGGACAUGGGGUGUCGCAAGCGGGUGGACCCGCUGCUGGCGGCGCCCUUCACCGCGCCCCUAACCCACCCUGUGGGCAUCUCCAACGACGUCAUGGCCGCCGCGCCGGGGGCCGCCUUCAUGCACGCCGCCGUGCACGCGCUGCGCGGCUGGAACCUGUGGCUGGUCAUCAAGUACGUGCAGGUCAUGUUCACCACCGGUCCCAUGUUCUUGACGGUCCUGCUGAGCCACUUCCCAGACCUGGCCGCCGUGGCCGUCAUCUCCAAGGCCGACUACGGCAAGUACGACGCCUCGGGGGACGCCCUGUUCUACCACCUGCACGGCAGCAGCUGGCACGCCGGGGACGCCCCCCUCAUCUUCUGGAUGGAGCGGUACGGGAAGGUGGUGCUGCUUGUCGCGGUCGCGGCAGCGGCGCUGAUCGCCGCGCUGGCCUACCGCCGCCAGAGGUCCGCGCCCGGGCGGCCGGGGCGCAGGACGACGCUGAUGGAGCGGCAGUGCCAGUCAAAGUAUGGCGACAAGCAGGUGGCAUACUGCCCCGUCUGA